AUGGAGAGAAUUAAGGAUAGAGUUGGGUUUGCAAAUGGGCUCUAUGUUCCCUGUCAUGGCCGUAGUGGGGGGUUGGCUCUCCUGUGGACUAGGGAUACAAAUUUAGAGAUCAAAAGUUACAGCAAUCACCACAUUGAUGCUGUCAUCACUGAAGAAUCCUCUAAUUUUAUUUGGCGUUUCACUGGCUUCUAUGGUCACCCCCAAUCUCAUAUGAGACAGCAGUCUUGGAAUUUGCUGGAGUUCUUAAGGAAUCAAUUUCAGCUCCCUUGGUUUUGUAUGGGCGAUUUUAAUGAGAUUUUAUCUAUGGAUGAAAAAUCUGGUGGUGCAAAGAGAUCACAGAGCCAGAUGGAUAAAUUUAGGAAAGUAGUUAAUGAUUGUGGAUUCAAAGAUUUGGGAUACCUGGGGCCGGAUUUCACCUGGUGUAAUAUGCAGUCUGGUGGCAGCAGGAUGUAUCUAAGAUUAGAUAGAGCUUUUGCAACAAUUGAUUGGAUUGAUAAGUUCAGUGAAGUAAAAAUUAAUCACCUGGUGGAUUCCACUUCUGAUCAUUGUGUGCUUUAUGUUGCUGACCCCAAAGCCCCUAAACAAUCCAACACCCGCCGAUUUCACUUUGAAGCUAUGUGGGCAAGAAAUGAUGAAUGCAAUAAUGUAACAAACGUGGUGCUGAAUGUACUUAAUUCUGGAAUGUCCAUGGCUGAAAUAAAUAAAACUAAUAUAGCUCUUGUGCCAAAAUGCAAAAAUCCUCUAAGAAUGAUUGAUUUUAGGCCUAUUAGCCUUUGUAAUGUUGUUUAUAAGCUCAUUUCUAAAACUUUGGCUAAUCGUCUUAAAGCUAUUCUUCCUUAUAUUAUUUCAGAGAAUCAAAGUGCUUUUGUGGCUAACCGACUCAUCACUGACAAUGUUUUGGUGGCUUAUGAGAUUAUGCACUAUAUAAAGUGUAAAAGAGAUGGGAAUGAUAGUUUUAUGGCUGCAAAGCUAGAUAUGAGCAAAGCUUUCGACAGGGUGGAGUGGUCCUUUAUUGACAAGGUAAUGAGGAGAAUGGGCUUUAAUGAGUCUUGGAUUGAUUUGGUGAUGAAGUGCAUAACCUCGGUAAUGUACUCAGUCAUCAUAAAUGGUUCGGUUCAUGGAUGUAUUGUGCCAACUAGGGGCCUUAGACAAGGCGACCCUCUAUCUCCCUACUUGUUCCUUCUUUGUGCGGAAGGCUUCACAGCUCUUAUCAAUGAAGCAACAAGAUGCCAACAACUGAAUGGCAUAACCAUUUGUAGAGGGACACCAAAAAUCAGCCACCUUUUCUUUGCCGAUGACAACCUCCUCUUUUGUAAGGCAAAUAGAGUUGAAUGCAACAAGCUGAUGGAAAUACUAAGAAUCUAUGAAUCGGCUUCGGGGCAAAAGAUCAAUACCGAGAAGUCCUCAAUAUUUUUCAGCCCAAACACUUCUCAAGAGCGAAAGGAUGAAAUCUUAAGCAUUCUUGGGCCUAUGAACGACUCGCGGCAUGCAAAGUAUCUUGGUCUCCCCUCCAUUAUUGGUCGCUCAAAAAAACAAAUCUUUGCAGAAAUAAGAGAAAAGGUGGGAAAGAAGUUGGCUAGCUGGAAAGGUAAGCUUCUCUCAAUGGGAGGCAAAGAAAUCCUAAUCAAAGCGGUUGCGCAAGCCAUCCCCUCCUACACUAUGAGUUGUUUCCUUCUCCCAAUGUGCCUUUGUGAAGACCUUGAAAGGGAUUUGAGAAGCUUUUGGUGGGGUCAGAAGCAGCAAGAAUCUAAGGUUGCUUGGGUUGGUUGGAAGAAAAUGUGCAAACCAAAAUCCCUCGGUGGAUUGGGUUUCCGUAAUUUGCAUGCAUUCAAUUUGGCCUUACUUGCAAAACAGGUCUGGAGGAUUUUUACGAACCCAAGCUCCCUGGCUGCCCGAAUUUUGAAGGCUAAAUAUUUCCCAUAUGAAGACAUACUGAAUGUUGGUCUAGGCAACAACCCCUCGUUCAUGUGGCGAAGUAUUUUCCAAAGUAUUGAAGUCAUUAAGAACGGAACUCGUUGGCGAGUUGGAAAUGGGCAUCUAAUUCACAUUUGGAAAGACAAGUGGCUCCCAACCCCUUCCACAUUCAAAGUUAUUUCCCCUCUGAGAGAUUUUGGAGAUUACCCCAUGGUUUCCUCCCUCAUUGACCAAGAUACUAAGUGGUGGAAGGCCAAUGUAGUAAGGACACUCUUCUUGCCCUUUGAAGCAGAUAUGAUUCUAAAAAUUCCUCUAAGCCAGCGGCUGCCAGAGGAUUCACUGAUAUGGAUUGGGAACAAAAGAGGGGUGUUCACAGUUAAAAGUGCAUACCACAUUGCUGCCAAGCUUCAGUCAGAUAAGGAUUUGGGAGAAAGCUCAUCCGGAGACUCAAAAAGCAUUAUUUGGAAAAAACUUUGGAAAAUGAAACUCCCUCCAAAGAUCAAGAUCUUUGCUUGGAGAGCCUGUGCUAAUAGCCUCCCUGUGUAUGUGAAAAUGGCGGAAAGAGGAAUUCAAUUGUGUUGCGACUGCCCUGUAUGUGGAAAAGAUUUUGAAAGCCUAACUCAUGCAUUAAUCCAAUGUGAUUUUGCUCUGUCAGUUUGGGCUCUUUGGAAUGACUGCCCCUUACUUCUUCUUUUGAAUGCCUUGGACUUCACUGAUAUAGUUCUUCAUUUCUGUUCAAGCCCCAAUGCCAACAAUAAGCUCAGUUAUGCGAAAUAUGAAUCGAAUGUGGGCUGGUUGGCCCCUCCGCCUGGAUAUUUCAAAGCUAAUGUGGAUGGUGCGUCGCCAUUGGAUGGCAAUGGCACCUCUAGUGUGGGUGCAAUUGUUCGCAAUAGUGAUGGAUUGGUUGUUGCAGCUCUUUGCAAGGCUCUGCCAUCUAUUUAUCUAGCCGAGUGGACUGAGCUUUUUGCUUUAGAACAAGGCAUCUUUCUAGCUCAGCAAAUGGCGAUCUCGAAAGUCAUUUUUGAAUCCGAUGCUGCUCUUGCAAUUCAGGCCAUUUCUCAAGGCUCUUGUGGUGGAGAGAUUGGUCACUUAAUCCAAGGUAUCCUGGAAGCAAAGUCCUCUUUCACGGAUUGCUCCUUCAGACACAUAAACAGGGCAUUCAAUGGUGCUGCUCACGAGCUGGCCCAAUAUGCAAAAUGGAAUAACGCUAGUCAUGUAUGGAAGGAUGUUUUUCCCCUGUUUUUGAAUUCCUUGUUCCAUUCUGUAUUGAACUAA